GCUGCAAACCAGGCCCUCCUCCUGCCCUGCCCCGCCCCCAGCUGGCUGUAUAAAUCCCUUCCCUUCGCUCCUUCCCUGGAACAGUGGCCUCUGACACCAGCACGGCAAACCUGCCACCAUCAAAGUGUACCAGUCGGCAGCAUGGCUACGAAAUGUGGGAAUUGUGGACCCGGCUACUCCACCCCUCUGGAGGCCAUGAAAGGACCCCGGGAGGAGAUCGUCUACCUGCCCUGCAUUUACCGAAACACCGACACUGAGGCCCCGGAUUAUCUGGCCACUGUGGAUGUUGACCCCAAGUCUCCCCAGUAUUGCCAGGUCAUCCACCGGCUGCCCAUGCCCAACCUGAAGGAUGAGCUGCACCACUUAGGAUGGAACACCUGCAGCAGCUGCUUUGGUGACAGGACCAAGUCCCGCACCAAGCUGGUGCUGCCCAGUCUCAUCUCCUCUCGCAUCUAUGUGGUGGACGUGGGCUCCGAGCCCCGGGCCCCAAAGCUGCACAAGGUCAUUGAACCCAAGGACAUCCAUGCCAAGUGCGGACUGGCCUUUCUCCACACCACCCACUGCCUGGCCAGUGGGGAGGUGAUGAUCAGCUCCUUGGGAGACGUCAAGGGCAACGGCAAAGGGGGUUUUGUGCUGCUGGAUGGGGAGACGUUCGAGGUGAAGGGGACAUGGGAGCGACCUGGAGGUGCUGCGCCAUUGGGCUAUGACUUCUGGUACCAGCCUAGACACAAUGUCAUGAUCAGCACGGAGUGGGCAGCUCCCAAUGUCUUACGAGAUGGCUUCAAGCCCGCAGAUGUGGAGGCUGGGCUGUAUGGGAGCCAUUUAUAUGUGUGGGACUGGCAGCGCCAUGAGAUCGUGCAGACCCUGUCUAUGGAAGAUGGGCUCAUUCCCUUGGAGAUCCGCUUCCUGCACAACCCAGACGCUGCCCAAGGCUUUGUGGGCUGUGCUCUCAGCGCCACCAUCCAGCGCUUCUACAAGAACGAGGGCGGUACUUGGUCAGUGGAGAAGGUUAUCCAGGUGCCCCCCAAGAAAGUGAAGGGCUGGCUGCUGCCCGAAAUGCCAGGACUGAUCACCGACAUCCUGCUGUCCCUGGACGAUCGCUUCCUCUACUUCAGCAACUGGCUGCACGGGGACCUGAGGCAGUAUGACAUCUCCGACCCGCAGAGGCCCCGCCUCACAGGACAGCUCUUCCUCGGGGGCAGCAUUGUUAAGGGGGGGCCCGUGCAAGUGCUGGAGGACCAAGAACUAAAGUCUCAGCCAGAGCCCCUGGUGGUCAAGGGAAAACGGGUGCCUGGAGGCCCUCAGAUGAUCCAGCUCAGCCUGGACGGGAAGCGCCUCUACGUCACCACGUCGCUGUACAGUGCCUGGGACAAGCAGUUUUACCCUGAUCUCAUCAGGGAAGGCUCUGUGAUGCUGCAGGUUGAUGUAGACACAGUGAAAGGAGGGCUGAAGUUGAACCCCAACUUCCUGGUGGACUUCGGGAAGGAGCCCCUCGGCCCAGCCCUCGCCCAUGAGCUCCGCUACCCUGGGGGCGACUGUAGUUCUGACAUCUGGAUCUGAACUCUACCCCUCAACACCCAUACUCCACAUUUUGAGCCUUCACUUUCUCAGGCGCCUGCCUUCACUCUGCUCUCUUUCGGCACCCAUCCCUUGGCAGCCAGUGGGUCCCACACAGCCAAGCUGGGACUGUGGAGACCAGUGUUGCUUGUGCUCACUGUGCUGCUUUUCCAUGAGCUCUUGGAAGCACCAAGAAAUAAACUGCUGAGCCUGUUCCUCA